AUGUCGGUCGAGUUUAAAACAAAAAAGACUUCCACUAAAGAUGGAAAUCUCUAUACCAAAUUCACUUAUGAGAAUUCAUUAGUUGAAAAAGAUGCAAGUGGAAAAUUGCUCGUUACUCCAACCGCUGAAGAGUACGAAUUUAAAUUGGAUUUAACUGUUCCUAAAGUUGGUUUGUUGUUGGUUGGAAUUGGUGGUAAUAAUGGUACUACAUUAGUUGGAUCCAUUUUGGCUAACAAGAAUCAAAUUUCAUUUGAAAAUAAAGAAGGUGUUGUUAAGCCAAAUUAUUAUGGUUCGGUUACACAAAGCUCAACUAUUAAAUUAGGUAUUAACAAAGAAGGUAACGAUGUUUAUGCGCCAUUUAAUUCGAUUGUCCCCAUGGUUAACCCUAAUGAUUUGAUUGUUGAUGGAUGGGAUAUUAGUGGGUUAACAUUGGACAAAGCAAUGAAGAGAGCUAAAGUAUUGGAUGUUACCUUACAAAAACAAUUGUAUCCAUAUUUAACCGAUAAAAAACCAAUGGAAAGUAUAUACUAUCCUGAUUUUAUUGCCGCCAACCAAGGCGAAAGAGCAGAUAAUGUGUUCAACAAGACUUCUGGUGGCGAAAUAAACACCCAGGACAAAUGGAAAGAUGUUGAAAAAAUUAGAAAAGAUAUUCAAGAUUUCAAACAAAAGAAUAAAUUAGAUAAAGUUAUUGUAUUGUGGACAGCAAACACUGAAAGAUAUGCGGAUGUAUUACCCAAAGUCAACGAUACAAGUGAUAAUUUAAUUGCAUCUAUCAAAGCUAGUCAUGAAGAGAUUGCGCCAAGUACUAUAUUUGCAGUUGCUUCCAUAUUGGAAGGUGUACCAUACAUUAAUGGAUCACCCCAAAAUACAUUUGUUCCCGGUGUAAUUGAGUUGGCUGAAAAACACAAUUCAUUUAUUGGUGGUGACGAUUUCAAAUCGGGACAAACCAAGAUCAAAUCGGUAUUGGCUCAAUUUUUGGUUGAUGCUGGUAUCAAGCCACUUUCAAUUGCUAGUUAUAAUCAUUUGGGUAAUAACGAUGGAUACAACUUAUCUGCGCCAAAGCAAUUUAGAUCCAAGGAGAUUUCUAAACAAUCGGUUGUUGAUGAUAUAAUUGAAAGCAAUGAGAUAUUAUAUAACAAAGAAACAGGCGACAAAGUUGAUCAUUGUAUUGUUAUCAAGUAUUUGCCAGCUGUUGGUGAUUCCAAAGUUGCCAUGGAUGAAUAUUACUCAGAGUUGAUGCUUGGUGGACAUAACAAGAUUAGCAUACAUAAUGUAUGUGAAGAUUCCUUGCUUGCAACACCAUUAAUCAUUGAUUUGGUUGUUGUUUCUGAAUUUUUGUCGCGUGUGCAAUAUAAGAAAGUAGGCGAAUCCGAGUAUCACGAUUUUUAUUCAGUUUUGACAUUUUUGAGUUACUGGUUGAAGGCGCCAUUGAGUAGACCAGGAUUCAAGCCAAUCAAUGGAUUGAAUAAGCAGAGACAAUCCUUGGAGAAUCUUUUGAGAUUAUUAGUUGGCUUGCCAAUUAACAACGAAUUGAGGUUUGAAGAGAGAUUAGUCUAG